UCCACUCAUCUCCUUCUUGAAAUUGUUGUUCUUACCUUAGCAACUGAAUACAUCAAACGGAUUCCUUGGCCACCAAACACUGUUCAUACUUUGACUUUAUAUCCAGAUUUAAAGUUUCAGUGGAGUGGACCACCAUCAUGACUCCAGUUUUGUUUUUCCUCCUCUUCCUCUCAUUGACAGCCAUUCCUUCGGGUGCUUCUGAGGAUGGACCUCAAACCGAGGAGUCUUUGGAUGUCUCUGAAAUCAUCGCCAGAGCUAAUGCUGACCUAAAAACGCCCCUGACACACGGCGACAUUGUGCCAAAUUUACAAAGGAAUGCAGAUCCCUGUGUGACCAGAGGCUGCAUGUGGCCCAAACGUGGAAGCUACGUCAUAGUGCCUGUCUACAUCUCCUCCAGAUACACCAGAGAGGAGCGCAACAUCAUCAUCAGAGGCCUGCUGACAUUCCACAGAUCCACCUGUAUUCGCUUUGUCUGGAGGCGCUACUGGCAUAGGCAUUACCUGUACUUCUACUCUGGAUCUGGGUGUUGGUCCUACCUGGGCCGUCAACAACGAGGACAGCUGGUCUCCCUGAGGAAAAACGGUUGUUUGUACACAGACAUAGUGCAGCACGAGGUUCUUCAUGCUCUGGGCUUCCACCACGAGCACGUCCGCUCCGACAGAGACCAAUACGUCGCCAUCCUCACCCAGAACAUUCUGCCAGGAAGGGAACACAACUUUGAUCAGGAGGACACUAACAACUUGGGUACUCCUUACGACUUCAACUCUGUCAUGCAAUACAGCAAAUACGCCUUCUCCAAAAACAGGAAGCCAACCAUCGUCUCUAAGGGCAACCCUAACCUUAACUUUGGGCAUGCCACACAGAUGAGCGCCAAUGACAUCGCCCGCGUCAACGCGCUUUACAGUUGCCCACGUUAAUGACAGAAGAAAGAGUCGGCCUCCGGCGGAUACUUCAACUCUCUGCUUCAUAUGAUUCAGCUGAAGGCCUUGAUCUGUUGUACUGCAAGAACAUUACUUCAAAGCAACACAAAGUCAUUGUUAUUGGUCAUUUUUAGCCCAGCCACAGGAAGUUUUUGUCUGAGAAAGGCAAACCUUACAGGCGUAUGAACAAACCAGUGCUAUUGUUUUCCUUGCAAAGAAAGUCUUAAAAUGUGCUCAAAAUGCUUCAUUAAGAGUAAAGGUUCUAUAUUCAUGGUUAUGUGAGGUAAGAUACAUACGUUUUAUUGACUAAAUGAACUUAAAACCAAAAGUAAAAGUAUGCAUGAAUGUCCCGUUAAUCUCUGACAAGACAUCAGAUUUAAGAUAGUGAUUGUAUGUUUAUGAUGAAAAGUGGCAAUAGAAUUUAAAUAUAAAAUAUCAUAAAAUAGAAAUACCCAAAGUACAGCUAGCUCACAAUUGUAAAAAAAAAAAAAAAAAAAAAGGAAAAGAAAAGAAAAGAAAAGAAAAAAAAUUCUGAAAUACUCUGCAAUAAUAAGUAAUAAUAUUAUCAGGACUUCUAUGGCCAAAUGUCUUCUAUUUUUUUGUGUGUGUUUUUUCAAUUUGGGGGUUUCUGUCCUUUGAUUGUACUGGAAAUGUAUCCAAUUGUGAUUUAUAUUAAUUUCUACAAUCAAGUGGGACAUCUGUUCAAUAAAAAUCUACAAAAAAAUAAAAAUAUG